AAGUGCAAACACAGCAAAAGCUCUUUGUAUGAAACCAAGGUUGUCGGCUUAGCAACAGAACAGCCAUGGAAACUCCUUGUUAGGCAGUGCCUACCGGAAACAGUGGGCUGAAGGCCCAUUACAAUUUGCAAAUGGCCCAGCUAGAAAACAAUGGUGGUGAUAGUUUUGUCCACGUAGCAGAAGACAAACCCAUGGCACACCAUAACUCCCAGUCAUCAGUACACCAUGAAUUGGCAAGAACCAGUUUUUCACUUGCAUUUCAAAUUCAAUUAGAUUUUAGACCUUUCGCCAUGUUUCUUGCCAAGACAUGGAGAGCAGCAACAUUUGGCCUCUAUGGAUACCUGAACUUCACAAAAUCAGGUUUUUUGGAACAUUCAAAAAAAUUCAACACUGAAGAUAUGCAAGCACAAAUGGAAGCGAAAAAUUGUGUUGUUACUGGUGCAAAUUCUGGCAUUGGUUUUGCAAUUACUGAGGGUUUUGCUUCACGUGGAGCAACUGUCUAUAUGGUAUGCCGGAACAAAGAGAGGGGAGAAGCUGCACUUUCCAAAAUUAAGUCAGCAACUGGAAAUAAAAAUGUUUACUUGGAGGUGUGUGACAUUUCAUCGGUUAGUGAUGUCAAAUCAUUCACCUCCAGAUUGUCUUCAACUAAUUUGCCCAUUCAUGUCCUGGUAAAUAAUGCUGGAGUGCUUGAGAAUAAUCGAGUUACUACACCAGAAGGAUAUGAGCAGAAUUUUGCUGUAAAUGUUCUGGGCACUUAUACCAUUACGGAGCUGAUGUUGCCACUCCUUGAGAAGGCUGCUCCUGAUGCGCGGGUUAUUACAGUUUCAUCAGGUGGAAUGUACACGGCUCCCUUAACCAAAGAUUUACAGUUUAGUGAUAACCAAUUCAAUGGAGCUGUACAGUAUGCUCGGAAUAAGCGAGUUCAGGUGGCGCUGACAGAGAAAUGGUCAGAAAUGCAUAAAGAUAAGGGUAUUGGGUUUUAUUCGAUGCAUCCCGGAUGGGCAGAGACUCCUGGGGUUACACAGAGCUUGCCGAGUUUCUCAAAAUCGCUUGAAGGAAAGCUUAGAACAAGUGAGGAAGGGGCAGAUACGGUAAUCUGGUUGGCCUUGCAGCCGAAAGAAAAGUUGGUAUCAGGAGCGUUUUAUUUCGACAGAGCUGAAGCACCAAAACAUUUGUUGUUUUCGGGGACGAAGAACUCCCAUUCUGAAAUAGACUCCAUUGUUGAAAACCUGCGAUCUCUUGCUGGUCUUUCUGGUGCUCGAUUGUGAAUUCUUCCAUGCACACUUGUAUCAAGACCAUAUCUAAGUGAUUUCAACAUUUUUUUCUAAAACUGUUUGGAUUACAUAUGUGAAGGUUGAGUAUAGACAUUGUCAAGAAUAUGAUGCCAUUCUUGUAAAAUGAAUUAUAUUACUGUACGAGAUUGUUUUAUUUUGAGGAGAAACCUCACAGUCACAUAAUAAAUUAAAAGGAAAGAAAGGGUAUA